AUGCUGGGCUGGUGUGAAGCGAUAGCCCGCAACCCUCGCAGGAUCCCUAACCACACGCGGACCCCCGAGGGCUCAGAGGAGUGGGCUGACACCUCGCAAGCCUCCACACUGAAUGACAAAUCCCCAGGGAGGUCUGCAAGUCGAUCAAGUAAUAUUUCUAAAGCAAGCAGCCCAACAACAGGGACAGCUCCCAGGAGCCAGUCAAGGUUGUCUGUCUGUCCAUCCACUCAGGACAUCUGCAGAUCUGCCAUCUUACAUGACAUGUCAGAAGCCUCAUUUGAGCAAAGCACCCCUGUCACAGUGCUGAGCACUGCUAGUAAGGAGUCUGGUAAGAAGUCAAUAAAACGGAGGCCUAGGAGGAGGAGGAGGGCCUCUCAGAGGUAUGAGCAUGCAGAAGAACAAGUGAAAGGGAGAAGAAAGAAUUUUCACCUCCAAAUCCCCAGCCCCCGAUGGAGUGAAACUGACACAGACUCUUCAGACUCAUCUUCCACCGAUGAGAGUCACUGGAUUCAGGCAAAAAGAAGAGCCCAAGUGAAGUUCCGCCUGUCUCGGAGAAGAAGGAGAAAUAACAAACUGGUUGGAAACUUGGAUGCGUCUUCCGCUCCUAAUGAAAUCCAUCCAGCACAUUUGGGAUCCAAAGGUAAAAAGCACGUGGAGCUGACUGAGUAUGAGAGCUGCUCUUUAAAUCUCCACAGAGGAAAAGGCACAUCGUACCAAGGAUGCAGUGCCUCCCUGCAGAGAGGGUCCUCUGACAUUAAGAGACCCUCAAGGAAGCAUGAGGAAAGCAGAGGCAGGUACCAUCACAAGGAUCCUCAGCUUUUGCAUAGGCUUGAGCAAAGUGAAACAAUCAGCAAAAGAUUUUCAGAGACAGAUUCCAGCAUGGAAAGGCUGGCAGUCAGAGAAGGCGGCGAGCCUGUGGAGGGUGCAGGAUUCCAGAAGCCUCCUGAUGCCUACCAAGAUGGGUCUGAUUAUUUAAAAGCAUGCAGGAUCUGCCACUGCGAAGGGGAUGAGGAGAGCCCGCUCAUCACGCCCUGUCGCUGCACGGGCACCCUGCGCUUCGUGCACCAGGCCUGCCUUCACCAGUGGAUCAAGAGCUCCGACACGCGCUGCUGCGAGCUGUGCAAGUACGACUUCAUCAUGGAGACCAAGCUCAAGCCCCUCCGGAAGUGGGAGAAACUGCAGAUGACCACAAGCGAGAGGAGGAAAAUAUUCUGCUCUGUCACGUUUCACGUCAUCGCCAUCACCUGCGUGGUCUGGUCUUUGUACGUGUUGAUAGAUCGGACAGCAGAGGAAAUCAAACAAGGCAAUGAUAACGGUGUCCUUGAAUGGCCAUUUUGGACAAAACUGGUUGUGGUGGCCAUUGGCUUCACGGGAGGUCUGGUCUUCAUGUACGUACAGUGCAAGGUCUACGUGCAGCUGUGGCGCAGGCUGAAGGCCUACAACCGCGUGAUCUUUGUGCAGAACUGCCCAGACACAGCCAAGAGGCUGGAGAAGAACUGCUCCUGCACGGUGAACACAGACGCCAAGGACGCUGGGGCAGUGCCUGCCUUACAAACGGGGACCCACACACUGCCGCCUGCAGAGGGAGGCCCCCCGGAAGUCAUACCAGUGUGAUGGGGCCAGCGGGGAGCUUGUCCCUGGAGUAUAACCUGGCCCUCAGCCACUACAAGUGACAGAAGGGAUCCUGAGUUAGUCACCCUCUUUACCUUCUCUCCUCUUUCUGACUCAUUUGUCCUUACUUUGCUCAAAAAGGACAGAAGAAACACCAAAUGACCAGGAUCCCAUGAAGCAGAGUCUCAAGUGUGAAGAGGAAAUAUGAAAAGUUGGCUGGAGAAUGAUUUCUGAGACAAUUAAG